AAAUCUCGGUCGUUUGUUGGAGGACCGGCACUUGACAGUCCCAAAGAAUCCCUCAGGUCUUCAGUGGACCACUCCAACUCAUCACACCAACAUCCAAUCCUCGACUUCCGGCGGCCACCCCACCAUCCUUCAGAGACUUGGCUUUCGCUGACAGCACCCGAUCACCACCCGUCAGAUCAGGUGCCACUCUCAGGCCGCCUGCAUCUGUGCGUUCGCGAAAAGCCUCAAUCUUCUUCCCAAACCACAUGUCGCCUGGAGCGAUUCAACAUGGAGCCCGUUCCUGAGACGGAGCGCAUGGAGGAGUUCAGGUCGUCUCCUGUGCCUUCGCUGCGGCUGAACCCUCCGAGCACCAUUCCACGACUUGAUCUCGACACUCCGUCACACAUACAGUUACACCAGAAGCCACCGAAUUACCGUCGAAGCACCGACCCGAGUCCUACCUCACCGAGCACCUCGAGCUGGUCAGCCGCGGCCGGCCUUCCCUAUCGACCACGAACGACAUCGCCACUCUCUGGCGUACAUAUGCACUCGCGAUCACGGUCGGCCGCUAGUCUCGCGCCGCCCAUGUCGCGAACACAGUCUAUGCCGGGCAUUAUUACCAGCAGUUCCGGCCAGUUCCUGCUGUCGCCUCAGAUGCAGCGUCCACAAAGCCCUGUAGGGUCUCCCAGCAGAUCAAGGGCACCCCGCAAGCCGCUCGACGAGGCCUUCCCUCCAUCUUCGCCAGUGCGAACCUCUGUGCUGGAUUCGAGCCGUGGGCAUAGGGAUAGGAGCAGCUCUCCUAGUCUUGGGUCGUCAGCCAACAUUGGGACUCGAAUCCGAAGACCAGUUUCACCACUGCGAAGCUUUGGACAGUCUAGCGCGAGCUCUGUACUUCCACCACCAUCUACGCCUUCGUCCAUAUCGUCGUCUCCAUCACAUCGCCCGUAUGACACCCUGACGAGCGGCUAUGGAGGGAGUCUCUCUUCGAUCCCAUCGACCCCGACAUCGGCGAGAUCACGCAGCCCGAGUAUUUCCAGUCUCGAAACAAUACCCGACUCACCAGACGCCGAAGAAGCAGCGCUUGAGGCCGAGCGCGUGGCUCAGCUGAAAGCGGCCGCUGAAGCUGCGGAAGGCGGCGACUCUGCGGAUGGCAAGAGUCGUGGUGCCCUUGACGUUCCGGCGAGAGGCCGCACCAUGACAUUUGGGUCCCGGGACAAGCGCAAGAGGUGGAGCGUCUGCGGUGCCGAGCGUCGCGGCGAUAUUGAUUUGGAGACGAUCUGGGAGGAUUGAAACCAACCCACACUGAACGAUGCACACAGAACGGAGUUUGGAGGUUUUUCGCAGCCUUGGUUCAUUUCUCUACCAUCGCUUUUCCCCUUUCUUUCACGGCUACUUGCCUCAGCAUUACUUAUACCAGGCAUUGUGGCGUUAUGUAUCCUUGUUUUGAUACCCUCUUUCUUUUACAAUCCACCACGUAUCGUGCGUCUAGGAGGACAGGCGCAGUGGAAUCAUUUGCAUCGUACUUUCGACAGCGGAAAUUAUCACCCGCGGGUCUCACUCAAUGGAACACGGGAAAUUCUACGCAAUGAUCUCAUGAACUGUUCAUCUUUGCAUGUAUCUGCUCAAGUAUCUUAUUUUCCGGU